GGGGGAAGUCCCGCCUUAGCCUCUCGGGCUACCCGUCGUGUUGCCUUUCUCCUAGAGAGACGGGGUCCGAGAGCAGUGAGGCCGCAUCGGUGAGGCUGAGCGUCACACCCCGCCAGCCCUGAGCUGAGGUUCCUAUUGACGCUGACGGAGGCCACUUAAGGUGCACGCGGUUUUGGAAGUAUACUUUCAAGGAAAUCCAUUAAAGAUGUUACUAGUCAGAUGAAACAUUAGACUCAAGAGUGCAGGUGUCUUUCAGACUCGAGUUUGUUCCUCCUGCUCAUGCUGAUGCUUAAGGUCCAGCUGAUUUCUCUUCAUCUCUGCAAAGUGACAGCACCAUGGCAGACCAACAGUUCCCUCAAUGGAUGGUCAGAGUUCACUACCGGAAAAUGCAUAAACCUCCAACGAACAUUGAAGAAUUCUUAAAGUUUCAAAAAUGGGAUUAUUGGCCCAGGGAAGUCCAUUUUGGAGACAGUGAUAAAUGGUUACACACUGUGAAGAAAAUAAAAGAAGAUAGUUCAUUUACGUCAAUUUAUACACAUCUGUGGGAAACUGUCCCUCGAAUACAUGAUGCAGUCAUGACCAUGGAGUCAAGAUUAGGGGAAUGUUCAAUUCUUUUGAAAAACCAUGCUUCUAAAAUAUUUGAAUGGAGCAGCAUAAUUUCUGAGACAAGUUCUAAAAGAAAAUUGGAAAGAUACAAGGCAUUUUUUAAAAAGUACCAGAAGAAAAAGAAGAUAAUGCUUUCACAUGAAAUGGAGACGAAGAAAACUGUAGAGGGUUGCAUCUUCUCAGGAUUCAAAACAAACGAGCUUACUAAACUACCCAGACAUUUGGAUGCUGAACGAAUUUAUCUUUUUAUUUUAAAAGCCCAUAACUUUGAUGAAAAGGUUUUCAAAAUCUGGAAGACCCAUUUUCUCUCCGAAGCUUCUAUUGCUCUUUUACAUGAUUCCUUUUGGUGGUGGUUUCUGCAUAAAUUUAAGCCUGACAGAGAAAAUCAAGAUUCUUUGUUUGAUAGAAUUUCAGAAAGUUAUGUGGCACUUUUCAUGAGCAUCCCAGCAAGUCGAAAGGAUACAUUCCUUCAGGUGUAUCCUGAUUGUUUGGCACAAGCUAUCUAUGCAACAUUCCAGGAAGCAUUUCCAGAAUCCAGUAAUCUUUUUAAUGAUGAAUUUAAAGAAGAUCUAGGGAAUAAUAUUUUUCUUUGGCUGUCAGGUUUAAAACCUCAAAAAGGCUUUUGGACCCAGUGGAGACUGAAAGAGCUCUCUACAACAAGCAUACAUGGUAGUAAGAAAUCACCUUCAAGAUCUUUAAAGCACAGAAUUGAAAGGAGUCAGGAACGUAUAACAGCUGCUAUAGACUUCAAUAUGAUGAAAAUUUUAAAGAAUCCAAGAGCAUAUACAACGUCCACAUUCAAAGAAGAAUCAAAUAUAUCAAGACUAACAACAAAGUCCCAUUAUAUUAGCACUGGUCCAGAAUUUAACCGUGUGCUCUUCAAUUUUGGAAGUCAGAGUCCACUGGUUUUAUAUUAUCUUAAGAUGCAUGAGUUAGCUGGUAUUUCCAAGGCUCCUAGACAAACCAAGAUUAAACUCACCAAAAUACGGCAAGAACCACCACCUGCUCCAACUUACCGUGAUAUCAUAAAAGAAGCAAAAAGGCAAUUUGCAAAGAAUCAAAAGGAAUUUAGGAUAGAGAAGCACAGAAUUGAUGAAGAAAUAAAACUCCUAAGACAGCGGCAGGAAAGAAUCGACAAGGAGCUUGAUAGACUCCAGGUGAAGGCUACCAAGAAACCCUACGAAGCUAAGAAUGACUUUGACAAGUUCCUACAUAAACUGCGUUCUGAAGCUCGAACCGAGAGAGAGUUUCUGGCAUCGCUCUCAUCCUCAUCAUCAUCAGCAGAAGACUACAACUGGGAAGAAGAAAAGUGUCAAGAGAAACCAGAGAUGGACUGUAUUUAAGACUAUGUCAUACAAUUCAGUGGUAUCCAUUUAAUUGUAGCAGUAUGUUUAACUCAAAUCUAAUC